UGAAGCUCUUGAAUCCUUUCUAAAAGGUCUCAAUCACGAAAGUUCUCCACUCAAGUUUCAGAUUUCUCCUUUUCCCUCCAUCUAUACCCCAGAACCAGGGUCCCUCUUGGGCAUGGAUUAGGUUCCGGUGAGAAGGAAAACGAUGCACCAUGAUAAAGCAAUACCCCUGGGAAAAGACGAUUAACAUGUAUAAAGGGAUUUCCCUGCAGUAUAAGUACUAAGCACGCGCCCUCCUGGUGCUCAGGGCCUUCCUGAUGUAUAUAUGCAGGGAGUGAGAUUUGAAACGGCCCUUGGAAACAGUAAUAGAAUAAAAGUCUGAGCUGGGGAGCAGCAGUUCUCAGCUUUCUCCUGUCUUGUGGGAAUGAGUUGCCAACCUUUUACUUCAGCUGAUACCUUCAUACCUCUGAAUUCGGAGGCUUCUGCAACUCUGCCUCUGAUCAUGCACCACAGCGCUGCCGAGUGCCUCCCGGUCUCCAACCAUGCAACCAACGUGAUGUCCACAGCAACGGGACUUCAUUAUUCUGUUCCUUCCUGUCAUUAUGGAAACCAGCCAUCGACCUAUGGAGUGAUGGCAGGUAGCUUAACACCUUGUCUUUAUAAGUUUCCUGACCAUACUUUGAGUCAUGGUUUUCCUUCCAUGCACCAGCCUCUCCUGGCAGAGGACCCCACCGUCACUGAUUUCAAGCAGGAACUCAGGCGGAAAAGUAAAUUGGUGGAAGAGCCAAUAGACAUGGAUUCUCCAGAAAUCCGAGAACUUGAGAAGUUUGCCAAUGAAUUUAAAGUGAGAAGAAUUAAGUUAGGCUACACCCAAACCAACGUCGGGGAAGCCCUGGCAGCUGUGCACGGCUCUGAAUUCAGUCAAACAACUAUCUGCCGAUUCGAAAACCUGCAGCUCAGCUUUAAAAAUGCCUGCAAGCUAAAAGCAAUAUUAUCUAAAUGGCUGGAGGAAGCUGAGCAAGUAGGAGCUUUGUACAAUGAAAAAGUGGGAGCAAAUGAAAGAAAAAGGAAGCGAAGAACAACAAUAAGUAUUGCUGCUAAAGAUGCUCUGGAGAGGCACUUCGGAGAACAGAAUAAACCUUCCUCUCAAGAGAUCAUGCGAAUGGCUGAAGAACUGAAUCUUGAGAAAGAAGUAGUAAGAGUUUGGUUUUGCAAUCGAAGACAGAGAGAAAAACGGGUGAAAACAAGUCUUAAUCAGAGUUUAUUUACUAUUUCUAAGGAACAUCUUGAAUGCAGAUAAAAUUUAUUAUUGUGUGACAGCCAAUUUUUUUUUUCAUUCCUUUCUCUUCUUCAACGAAAAUAGAAAUUAGUUAUUUGGUUGGCUUCAAAAAUCAUUUUAUAUCAGUAACUUUUACAGAAGCUUUUCUACUUUUUUAAAAGAGAAUACAACUUAAAUAUUGAUGAAUUAUUUUCUUUAAAGGAAUUAUUCUCUGAAGCCAAACUGUGCAUGUUUCAACCAAAGAUACCAACAGGAAUAAAACAGUGAUCCUCUCACAUUCUUUCUCUCUCUCCCUCUGGCUCUAUCUACAGACACACACAUGCACACGCACACACACAGUGUGCAUGUGGUCUUCUAGUCUGAUUCCUUUUCCAAAGGCUGUUUAUUAGCUUUUUAACAUUUCAGUCACAAUGCCAAGUAAAGAAUAUCACAACGGAAGAUACAAUUAGAAAAUUGAUUAACCAAUAUCCUGCUUACCAUCAGCUCUAAUAGUUUGAACUGAAUAGUUUGCACUUAAGAGGCAGAGGUGCCUCUGAAUUUUAUUAGUGCAUUUAGAAAUAAAUCUUAAUCAGAAGCGACACUUUUUAUCUUUUAUU